CCUCAUCACCUCAGUCGACCUUCAAGCUCGAGAUAAUAUCAUACUAUACUCUCUUGGGCAAUAAUACACAACACCUUUGCGACAGUUUAUCUCUUACAAGAUCAACACUUGCUCCAGCGUCGUCCUACCUUUGUAUCUAGUGUAUCAUAGCUUGUGCCUUACAAAUGCAUCCUUAUGGUGGAACGCCUAUUUGUCCGAGGUGCUCUAAAGCUGUCUAUGCUGCAGAGCAGGUAAUGGGUCCGGGAAGGAAGUUGUAUCACAAACCUUGUCUAUCCUGCAUGGAAUGCAAUAAGCGGCUAGAUUCCUAUAAUCUUGUAGAACAUGACCAAGAGCCAUAUUGUAAGAAUUGCCACACGAAGCUCUUCGGUACGCGCGACCUCCGGCAGGCCAACUUGCCGCACCGGGAUGGCGCUGCACCCCUAUCCCCCACACGCACUGGCUCCUUCCAACUACCCAACGUACAAUCUCCCGCGAAUACCGGUUCUCCGCGAUCAUCUGUUGAUGGACCGCCUCUACCUCCUCGCACCACCAGAUCCCCGCCUCCUCUACCUGGUCGCCACAACAACAGUGGAAGCUUCUCGCUCAAACCAACGCACUCUCUGAGUCCCACCGCCAAUUCUUUCUCAUCUUCCAUCGGUAGACCUACAUCGCCACCCGGAUCAGGCCACUUCAACUCGGUCGCAGAAUACGAGGAAGACGACGACAAUGCAGUAAUGGAUAAUACGUCAGAACUCGAAUCCUCCGACCGAGAAAAUUCACUCCAGCCGCUCUCUCGCACCGGUAUUCCCAACCGCACGGUAUCAGCAGAAUCGCCGCUUCAGCAACGCCAAUUCCAAACAGCAUCCCCUGGGACCGUAGGGCGCGCACAAUCGUCAAUUGGAGGGACGAUGAGCAUGAAGUUCAAUGGCAGUGCUACCCUGGGGAGGGGAACUAUGUCGCCUUUGACGACUUCUCCGACUGGGACGAGAUAUGGUGUAGGGUUAACAGGCGAGUUGAAGCCUAUGCAGACAGGAGGUAGAUGGGGUGCGGAGACGCCGAAGUGCCCUAAAUGUGGGAAGAGUGUAUAUUUUGCGGAGCAGGUCAAGGCUGUAGGAAAGACAUGGCACAAGGGCUGUCUGCGGUGCGGAGAGUGCAAUACCACCUUGGAUUCGAGCCGUCUGACUGAGAAGGACGGAGAGCCAUUUUGCAGUAGGUGCUAUAACAAGCUCCACGGUCCUCGAGGAGGAGGUUACGCGUUGCUGGGAAAGGCAGGAGGUUAGAUGAAAGACAUGCCUCUGUUUACGAUCGCUUUAUGAUAGCGCACGAUGUGCUGCGUAUGUGUGGACCCCUCCUUCUCCACGAACUAUGAUUUAUUCGUAUGUUUUCGGUUUUACUGCUAUGUUCCGGCCUCUGUGCUAUUGUACGCCGCCAUUUAUUUUGUCUGCCGGUAUAUUUGAAUUCGAUCGCUAUAAUAUGUUGUAUUUGAG